AUGGCAUUUGCUUUGGUUAAAAACUUUGCGCCCAGUUUCGAUUUCACUAUGAUUAUUUGGUUCUAUACAGCGGUAUGGAAUUACUACGUUAUGCAUACACCAUGCCUGGAAGGCCUCCCAACAGAGCUGAAACAACUGAUACUAGCUGCCCUUCCAGAUGUGAUAUCUCUGAGGGCUGCGGCAUUGAGCUGCCCGGCAAUGUAUGGAGCUUUCAUGGAUGCCGAACAUUUACUUACCUUGAAUGUCAUAACCUUCCAACUAAAUCCGGAUAUAAUUCAACGUGCUGUUCUCGCUCACGACGUGUCCAUACACGGGGCCUCUUGGAUACCUAAAGAAACGGUUGAUUUUGAAAGGGCCCUUCGAUCGCGCGCACAUUCAAUUCUCGAGCGGAGGUGGACACUUUCAACGGCAUUGAAAAUCAGCAGAACCAACGACGUUGUUCGAUAUUUUACACACGACUUCGCCUCUACGAUGUUCAGCACACCAUUCGCUCCAGAAAAGCGAGAACCGGGGUCAUGGGAACUAUCGAGGCAAGAAAUCAACCGCAUCGAAAUUGCCUUGUAUCGCUUUGAGAUAUACUCCCAGCUGUUCAAGCGACCAGAUGAGCAGGCUUACUCUGACGAUAUUUUCGAAAUUGAAAAGGGCCUCUUCCACAGAAUGUUCCCUCCCUGGGAAAAUGAACAACUUGCCUGUGUCUAUGAAUACCUGUGGGAAAGAAUGGAAGAUGCUUUUAUGUUUUUCCCCCGCUGGUCCGAAUAUUUAGUAAGAGUGGAGGAGGGAAUCUAUAGCGGCUGCACUGCAUAUCACAUGGCUCGGGGUCUAGACUACCUCUACAUGAUCUUUCAUGACCCGCGAAUACUCGUCAGUGAAAGGUAUCGGAGCUCGCUUUACUUCUCUCAAGGAUGGUUCCUCGAGGACAGUCUAGGAACUUGCACGAGAGAACAAUUUUACCGUACGAUAGCCGAUGAAAUAGAAGAUAUAAGGAAUUCAUUCCCGUCAUCGGCAGAUGCGGACACGGGCCCUUUGGACGCAUGGGCUUGGGCGCGCGAGUCGGAAACCUACUGGCGCCUCGCUGUUGCUGACGAGCGGCUCCCCCUUCGAAAAUGGGGAUACGUGAUGUGGGAUCGCGCGAGGCUUGAGGCGUGGGGCGUUCUUCAAAGUACCUGGGGGCAGCACCAUGCCGAUGCAGUGCUCGAGGCCGCGAGUGCGCAGAGAGAGAAAGACAUGGCGUUGAUCCAGAGGGUUGCUGAUGAUUUCAGUGUAGCGUGGAGAUAUUGGUAG